GUCCGCGAACGUUGGGGUUGUGCUGGUUCCGUCCAUCUUGUGGAUCUCUGUUAUAGUUCUCUGUGUGUGAAUUGCCUGAGGCUGGGGAUAGCGGAGGGUGUGACAGGAACACGCUGGCCCGCCCACAAGUGGGUGACACUGUGGACAGUGAGACGAGUCCUUGCGCCACACUUCACCUGGGCACAGGUGGUGUCUGAUUAGGCCCAGAAAUGGGAGCCCAAGCCUCUUCAGGGAGCACGGAAGACACCAGGGCCUCUAUGCACCGGGGCAGUGACGGACAGUGAGCAGCUGCUGGAGGAUGUCUGCCACCACAGCAGCCGCCCCUGUGGGCAUCCCGGCGGCUCCGGGCCCCGUGAACCCACCCCCACCCGAGGUGUCCAACGCCGGCAAGCCCGGCCGAAAGACCAACCAGCUGCAGUACAUGCAGAACGUGGUGGUGAAGACGCUGUGGAAGCACCAGUUCGCCUGGCCCUUUUACCAGCCCGUGGACGCCAUCAAGCUGAACCUGCCUGAUUAUCAUAAAAUAAUAAAAAACCCAAUGGAUAUGGGGACUAUUAAGAAGAGAUUAGAAAAUAAUUAUUACUGGAGUGCGAGUGAAUGUAUGCAGGACUUCAACACCAUGUUUACAAAUUGUUAUAUUUAUAACAAGCCCACAGAUGACAUAGUGCUAAUGGCCCAAGCCUUAGAGAAAAUUUUUCUGCAGAAAGUGGCCCAGAUGCCCCAGGAGGAAGUAGAAUUGUUACCCCCUGCUCCGAAGGGCAAAGGCCGGAAACCGGCUGCGGGGACGCAGAAUGCAGGUACGCAGCAAGUGGCCGCCGUGUCCUCGGUGUCCCCAGCGGCCCCCUUCCAGAAUGUGCCCCCCACGGUCUCCCAGACACCCGUCAUUGCUGCCACCCCUGUACCAACCAUCACCGCCAACAUCACAUCGGUCCCUGUCCCUCCGGCUGCCGUACCACCUCCUCCCGCGACACCCAUCGUCCCUGUGGUCCCGCCCACGCCACCCGUCGUUAAGAAGAAGGGCGUGAAGCGGAAAGCAGACACCACGACGCCCACAACGUCCGCCAUCACUGCCAGCCGGAGUGAGUCCCCCCCGCCACUGUCGGACCCCAAGCAGGCCAAGGUGGUGGCCCGGCGGGAGAGCGGGGGCCGUCCCAUCAAGCCCCCCAAGAAGGACCUGGAGGAUGGUGAGGUGCCACAGCAUGCGGGCAAGAAGGGCAAGCUCUCCGAGCACCUGCGGCACUGUGACAGCAUCCUCAGGGAGAUGCUGUCCAAGAAGCAUGCCGCCUACGCCUGGCCCUUCUAUAAGCCUGUGGAUGCGGAGGCACUGGAGCUGCACGAUUACCACGACAUCAUCAAGCACCCCAUGGACCUCAGCACUGUCAAAAGGAAGAUGGACAGCCGCGAGUACCCAGACGCACAGGGCUUCGCCGCUGACAUCCGGUUAAUGUUCUCAAACUGUUAUAAGUACAAUCCUCCCGACCACGAAGUGGUGGCCAUGGCCAGGAAGCUCCAGGACGUGUUUGAGAUGAGGUUCGCCAAGAUGCCAGAUGAGCCCAUGGAGGUGCCCGCACUGCCUGCGCCCGCGGCCCCGGUGGUGAGCAAGGGCACCGAGAGCAGCCGCAGCAGUGAGGAGAGCUCGUCAGACUCGGGCAGCUCAGACUCGGAGGAGGAGCGCGCCACGAGGCUGGCUGAGCUGCAGGAGCAGCUGAAGGCCGUGCACGAGCAGCUAGCCGCCCUGUCUCAGGCCCCAGUGAACAAACCAAAGAAGAAAAAGGAGAAGAAGGAGAAAGAGAAGAAGAAGAAGGAUAAGGACAAGGACAAGGAGAAGCACAAGGCCAAGUCUGAGGAGGAGAAGAAGGCCAAGGCCGCCCCGGCCGCCAAGCAGGCCCAGCAGAAGAAGGGCCCGGCCAAGAAAGCCAGCAGUACCACGGCGGCCGGCAGACAGCUGAAGAAGGGCGGCAAGCAGGCGUCGGCCUCCUACGACUCGGAAGAGGAGGAGGAGGGCCUGCCCAUGAGCUACGACGAGAAGCGGCAGCUCAGCCUGGACAUUAACCGGCUGCCGGGGGAGAAGCUGGGCCGCGUGGUACACAUCAUCCAGUCCCGGGAGCCGUCUCUGCGGGACUCCAACCCCGAUGAGAUCGAGAUCGACUUCGAGACCCUGAAGCCCACCACACUGCGGGAGCUGGAGCGAUACGUCAAGUCGUGUUUACAGAAGAAGCAGCGGAAGCCCUUCUCGGCAGGUGGGAAGAAGCAGGCGGCCAAGUCGAAGGAGGAGCUGGCUCAGGAAAAGAAGAAGGAGCUGGAGAAGCGGCUGCAGGAUGUGAGCGGGCAGCUGAACAGCAAGAAGCCCCCCAAGAAAGAGAAGACCAGCUCGGCGCCCUCCGGGGGGCCGUCGCGGCUCAGCAGCAGCAGCUCCUCAGAGUCAGGGAGCAGCAGUUCGAGCGGCUCCAGCUCCGACAGCAGCGACUCCGAGUGACCUGGGGCGCAGCCAGAGCAGGACAGACGGACGCCGCACGUGUCGAGGCUCUGCGUGUCCCCUCCUGUGGUCAAUAUACUCCUUUCGUUCCAUGGUGUGCAGGUUUCCUUUGCUUCAGUGUUACGGUAUCUCUGGUUGUGCUCCAGUAGGUCAUGGUCCGCCCUUCCUGCCGCAUGCACGCGGCCACUUCCUGGGAGCCACAGCCACACUGACACCAGAGGAGGCCACAGGGUGCAGUCCAGGACCUGUAGCAGUGCCCUCCACCCGGCCCCGCCUGCCCCACGUCGGGAGCAACUCCUGAAAUGGGUGCUCUGCUCAGCAGCUGCCCACCAUGCCAGCGAGUGGUCUCUGCCGCCUGGGCCACACGCCCGUGAGUUCCAGGCUGGGCUGAGUGAAGGGGCUGCAGCUCACUCAGGUGGGCAAGGGAUGAGCGCCAGCCUCUUCUGCCGGCAGCAGCGGCGGUGGCGGCGUCAAGAGCCCCGGGAAGGGAGCACAGCCACUGUGUGCCCAGCGUGCAGAGUUCCGGACACUGAAACUUUUACCUCAACUUAAAACAAAAAUUUUAAAAAAACCACAAAAGGAGACUUUUUGUAAAGUUCAGCGAUUUUCUACAGAGGUCCAGCCCAGUGUGUCCACGCUUCCUUCAUGCUGCCCAGCUGCUGCUGCCGCACACCCUGGAGCCACUCCCUCAGUUUUAUGUAUAUAUAAAUACUUUAUUUAUUAACAUCAUUGGUCAAUUUUUUAAAAAAAUGAAAAAAAAAAAGCAAAGAAAAACACAAAACUGUCAAAGAAGUGCAUUAAACGCAGCAACGGUGACGUCGGCUUCGGCCGUGGAGGAGACCCAGGCCCGCUGCCUGCCUGGCCGGUGCUCACAUCUGCACUCUUCCUGGGCUUGGCUUUUGGGUUUGGCUUUUGGGUUGUUUCAGAUUUUUAUGUGUUUGGGUUUUUGGUGUUUUUUUGUUUUUUUUUUUUUUUUGGUAUAAACUUUGGAGACUUACAAGUAUAGACACUUUCCAGCUCCAGCACAUUCUAAUUUUUUAUGUUGUUUGUUCAGUUUUCUUGUGUCCAUGCUGGGUCUCUUGAGGACUGUUUGAAAGAAAGCAGUGUAGGGAACCCCCAUUCUAUAACAUAAGCUUUGCAUUCUGAGAGAAAAGAAGUGUAUAGGAAAUCCAAGUCUUGAUUUCUUUUUUUAACUUUGUAUUGUAAAAAAAAAAAAAUAUAUGAGAGUUUACCAGAAGGUUCUGUUUGGGUUUUCUGUUUUCCGGGGCUACCACGCAUUUGGCCUUGGAGUGUUGGCUCUGCCUGGCUGCAUGCGGAGUCCCUUGCCCUGACCCCUGUGUUCUCCGGGUGCAGGGAUCUGGAGGCCUGAAGGUACUCCUGGCUCUUCUACCCCCGAGUUCCCGAGGUGUAGGGCUGGAGCCCCAAGGGCUCGGUGGCCUUUGGCCCGGGUGGCCUUUUGACCACUGGGCUGUGGUUAAUGCCUGCACUUUUGAGUGGGGACAGGUACAAGUCAGCAGCCCCCCUGUCAGGGUGCAAUGUUUAAAAUCAGACCAUGAUCUCAGACUCCGCUGAGGACGCAGGGUGGGGCUGGCCACGUGUUCCUGGUCACUAGUGGUUCCAACACUUGGAGAGUUUCUGAGUUUUCAGCCAUUUGUUGAAACUUUUAAGUCAGUUUUGUUUAUAAUAAAAAUAUAAAUGGAUUUUAAAGUUCCAUUUUUUAAAGUUACCCUUGUUUUUCAAAGGUAUUUUUUAACAGAUCUUUAAUAGAAUAUUUAAACUGUGACUUUAAGGAAUUAACACAUGACAAAAUUGACAGGUCUUUGCUGGGGAUCUGGGUAGCCGUGUGUCCCAAAGGUGCCUGCUCAGCCCGAGCCAGGGUGCCUGGGGAACGGCGGGAGAGGUGUCGCUGGCCCGAGAGGCAGCUAGCCCUCUGCGAGGAGGGUCACCAGGGCUGUGGUCCGAAUGAGCAGCUGUAGUUCAAUGGUGCUGUAACUCUAAGGCUUCCUGUCCAGACUUCAAAACUGUUCUCGGGGUUUUGGCGGGUCACUGACUCCCCUGACCCCCGGGAUGUGUCAGGCCGCAGUGGUUGCCAUCCGUCACCUCUCCUGGGCCAGGACGCCACAGGAAGUUAGACCUUCCUGGUGGAGGCUCCCUGGGGAAGGACAGGGACAGUGGCAGUGGCCGUCACCACGGGAAGGACCUGAGGACCCUCCCGGGAGCGGUGCUGAGGGCAGGCUGUGGGUGUUGGGGAGGCCCAGAGCCCUCCUCCUGCGGGGCAGCAUGAGCUUGCUAACAACUGUAAGACACGUUUUCCUUUGUGUUCGUUUUGAUUGUGUUCUUUUGCAGCUGUCACGCCUUUUAAGUCAUUUGGGAAGGAAAAAUGCCCAUGUCAAGAAUUGUCACAUCAAGUUUUCUCUCUGUCCCCUAAUACUGGCAUAACACUUCCAAGGAGGUUUUUCUUUUUAUAUUUAAAAUGUUACUUUUCUGUAUGAUGUGCAUGCAAGUUUACCGUAAUUUUUCUUAACACUUUUUAGUGCCGUUUCUAGUAUAUUCCUGUAAAUGUCAGUUACUGAAAAUAAGUCCAAUGUAAGUAGUUUUAGCUUGUUUAUUGCAAUGCUGGCCUCAACACCACAGAAUAAAAAUGGUAGAAAGUACUCUUUGAUGUUUCUGGUAAUCAUGGACCCUUCUCCCGGGGCAUCUGUUUUGUUUUCAUAAUAAAAAGAAAAGAAAAA